ACCGCCAACGAGCGUACCUAGUAAGUUAUCAACAAUGCAAGCAGUGGCAAACAGUAGAAGCGGAGUGUUUUUCCCCCACAAUGUUUCGCGUGUUUUUAUCUCGUGGUUUUUGUGCCAAAUGUGCCCCACUGGCAGCCCCUCGCUCUUUACUACCACUGCAGGCAGACGCUGUUCGGGCUCAGAAGCGUUUUUUAGGGGGAACAGUCAUCCGUAAGCAGCGAUCAAAGUCCAAAACCUGGCUGUAUGGGGUCGGUGUGGGCAUUGUUUUAGCUGUAGGCCUGAAAUACAGGUCUGACUCUGCAAACAGCUCAUGCGAUGAUAAAAUUAAAACUGCACAAAAGACCAAUUCUUACAGAGAUGCCAUUAAAGCCAGCAGAGAUCUGCUAGAAGGAAUAAAGGCUGAGGUUGGUGCUCCUGGGCUGGUAGUUGGGGUUGCAGUGGAUGGUGUUCAAGUGUGGUCUGAAGGCAUUGGUUACGCUGAUUUGGAGAAUCGUGUCCCAUGCUCUUCUGAAACGGUGAUGCGAAUUGCCAGCAUCAGCAAGCCCCUCACAUCUGCAGCGGCUGCACGACUCUGCGAGGAAGGAAAACUUGACCUCGAUGCCCCCGUCCAGAAAUACGUGCCAGAGUUUCCUCAGAAACAGUUUGAUGGAAAAGAUGUUACAAUAACUUCUCGAAUGUUGCUGUCACAUCUAAGCGGCAUAAGGCACUAUGAGAAGGAUGUAAGAAAAGUUAGAGAGGAGAAAGAGAAGGCCAAGCGACUUCUAAAGCCUCCAGGUAAACAGAAAGAGGAUGAGAAGAUAUCUGAAAAAAAAGAAAAACCCGAAGAAGAUCAAACCUCUAAAAGCAAACAAAGCACUCAGACCCAGAAGAAAAAGGAGUUUGAGCAUGAAGAGUACUAUUUAAAGGACAAUUUUGAAAGUGUCAUCCAGUCCUUGGACCUUUUUAAAGACGACCCGCUCAUUUUCAAACCUGGCAGCACAUUCCUGUACUCUACUCACGCCUUCACUCUGCUGAGUGCUGUUAUGGAGCGGGCUGCAGGCCAGCGCUUCCUGGAUUUCAUGAUGAACAUGUUUCGGGAACUGGGAAUGCUCAAUACAUUUCCAGAUGAGAAUGACCCCAUUAUAUAUCACCGCUCCAGAUUUUAUCAUCGCAACAAGCGAGGACGAGUUGUAAACUGCCCAUAUGUGGACAACUCCUACAAAUGGGCAGGAGGCGGCUUCCUCUCCACAGUAGGAGACCUGCUGCUCUUUGGUAACGCUCUACUGUACAGUUACCAGGUGGCUCAAUUAAAGGACACUAAGGGUUUGCUCCCUGGGUUCCUAAAACCCGAAUCAGUUAUAGAGCUUUGGACACCGGUUGAUAAGACUGAGGCCAGCUGGGAUAAGGACGGACUGUACGGCCAAGGUUGGCUGGUGGUGGAGAAGCUGCAGAAGUACGGUCUGUGCAGGAAACGCAGGCAUUACGUGUCGCACACAGGAGGAGCUGUGGGAGCCAGCAGCGUUCUUCUAGUGCUGCCUAGUGAGGAGAUCGAUCGAUGCCAGGGACAGACCCCCCUGCUCCCGCAAGGGGUGGUGGUCACCAUAAUCACAAACAUGCAGUCCGUGGGUCUGAACAGCACUGCGCUAAAAAUUGCUCAUCACUUUGACAAAGCUAGAAAUGUGUGUGAAUAAUUCAUUUAAAGUUCAUGGAAUAUAUGGCUACUUUUUUUUUUUAUACAGAUUGAAAAUCCUUUAAACAAAAAACUAUUAACCCAUAUUUCAUCCAUUGGAAAACAAAUAUAACUUUAAAUUUGUAUUUAGAAUCUAAAUUCUGUGUUUUUUUCUCAAGUUUAUCCAGCUUUCCUAAAACUGUGUUCAUGUCCCAGGUCAAGAGAGGCUAAUGUCUGAUUGAUAGCAUUCCUAUCUUCUAUUUGUUUUUUCUAUUCAGGCAUGCGUGCUGCAUUGGCAGCAUGCUUCUAGUUAUUAUCGUGCUGAAAAAUGUCACCCGUUGAGUUUCCGUCCAGACCUUGUGAAAUUUGGCAUUCCUCUUUCUUUUCCUCCUUGCUUCCUUUCAUAGGAAAGGCUUCACACCCACUGAAAGCAAUGAAGUAAUUCCUGACGGGAGUUUCAGUAAGUGGGUGGCUUUGGUGAAAGGAAUUAUAGAAGAGGCAAAUACUUCCAGGUCCUUCUGUAACAUCUUUUAUUCCUAAUUUAAGAACCUGUGGCUGUCAUCUAUUCUUUUAGACCUUAAUCUUCUUUCGUUUCCCCCAUUUUCCAGUUUAUUAGUUGUUUGCAAGGUUGCAAGGAUGUUCAAUAAUUUUUUUUUUGGCCUAGAUAAAUUUAGAAAUUUUAUAAAAGCAAAACCUCUUGUCUUCCAAACAUUAUUUUCACUGACAUUCAUUGAUUAAUGCAAAUUAUGCAAAAUUGUUUUUGUAAUAUCCUGCUUUUAAUUAAAGAUUGUAUUUUUAAUGCCAUUUUUUGCAAAGUUCCAUGUAAUUUCUAUCUUUUUACACUCAAAUGAAUAGUACAUACUUUUAGAUGCAGAACGAAUAAAAAGAAAAAAGAUUGGGAGAACAUUUUCAGGAACGCCUGUGAAUUUUAUUUAAGUAAAUAGAAUAAAUCCUAGAAUACAUCUCAGCAAAGUUGAUGUUACAUUAAUAGUGCGACAAUAUUACGAAUACAAUUAUGCUGCAUAAAUGCAUAAAACCAAAGGUAUCCCUUUUGCCCAACAAUAUGUCUAAUCCUUAAUAAAUACGUCAAAGUCUGUUUUUCUAAACUGGAGUUUGAAUAAAAAUUGAAACAAAGUCGACCAAAACAAUCAGAUGAGUCUACUAAUGUUUAUUCAACUUUUUUUAGACCACAAUUUUCUAACUUAACUUUCAUAUUUUUACAUUUAGUAUUGAUCUCUACUCUGAACUAGUUUGAACUAUAAUGCUCAUAGUUCAAGCUCUUUGCAUAAGGAUUAUUUUUAUGCGUGCCUUUUUUUUUCUCUCUACCCGAAUAUCGUAAACUUUAAUAAAAAUGUGCAACUUGCAUUUCUUUAAACAUAAAUCAAAUGUUAAAAUUAGUGCUUUGCUUCUCCUUGCUGUUUUUUUUUGUGCAUAGUAAUGGUAUCAAAUAGUCUUUGUGCCUAUUAAUGAUGAAAUGAGGAAGCGGAUGUUUCUAAUAUCUGCAGAAAGAAGUGGAAAUGAGUCACUUUGUUUAACUAAUUCCUCAGUGAUUGAAAUGAACAUUAAGAGCUGUUGUUAUGGUUCUCUUUAGAAAUACAGCAUUUAAAAAAAUGUAUCAACAUUUUGAGUUUUGUGAAAUAA